AUGUGCUUUUCCCUCCUGGGUUGCUGCUGCUGUCUCUACUUCGGGCGGAUUGCACAGCUCGCUUGGGAGCCCCGGCUGCAGGCGGGCACAGUACAGCCAUGGGACAGGGCACCCUUCUCCCGGCAGGCAGAAGCGUUUGUUUGGGUUAACGAUGUAUUGGCUCAUUCCCAGAGUGUUGCCAAGGCCAGAUAUGAAUUUCUGUUUGGUGGGUCAGAAACACAGAAACCUUCAGAAACAGGUGGACAAGGAGAUAGCACUCUGCUCCCACAUAACGUUUCCAAUGAAUUUCCAGAAUAUGGCACGAUGGAGCAAGGUGCAGAAGCACUGAGGAGUUCAUCUGAGUUUCUAGCAGAGGCUAUAACAUGCAGUUCAGAAAGGAGGGAGGAUGACCAGUUGCCUACUCUUCUUGCAAGUGGCACUUACGCAGAUGUGCCAAUAUCUUGCAUUGAGGCAUCACUGCUACCAUCGAAAGAAGAAACUUUGCCACGUGCUGAUAGACAGACCGGGAUUAUGAAAAUUUCUCAAGAGCUAGAAGCUGCAAAAGUACAGAAGGGAGCAAAUGCUUCUCUUUGUUCAGAGCUGCAAAUGGAAAAAGAAAGGAAUAUUGGCAGCCAAGGCAUACAGGCAGCCAGAGAAUUGGUUCCAGCAGGCCAAGAAAAACCCUCAGACAAGCCUCUUCCAUCUGAAGUAAGAGCUGAGGAGAAAUUGUAUUUGAUCAUAGAAAAAGAUCUGGCUACAAUAGUAACUGGAGAAAUGCAGUUAGAGUCCUUGCAAGCCAUCAAUAAUAAAACUGAGGAGGUCCCCAAAGUGAAGGAGACAAGCUGUCACAGACCAUCUGUACCAGCCCUGGAGGCAGACAGCAAAGUUGGGGGCGUUAUCAGUAUUCUGGGGGAGGGAUGGUCAGAUUUUGAGAAGGAAUUUUCAGCGUACAAUCCAGGCGAGAUGCAAACGGGUCCUGGGAGGAGGAUAUCGAAAGAGGCAGCUGUGAGCAAACAUGUAGAAUUUCAAGGGGUGGAGAUUUUAUGGAUACAGAAAGCAGAGGAGCAGAAGGGAGUGAAGCGUUCAGCGCUAGAGGCCAAUGCACACUUACAAAGGCCCGUGUCUGUAGAAAAGAAGUUCUCCAAAGCAUCAAGCCACCCCAUUCCAGCCUCGGUCUCCUCAGAGUUAGUCACUUUGUCUGAGAGUGUUUGGAACGAAGCCCAGGCAGAUUUCAAACCAGGAGUUGACUCGGAGUCCUUUUCUCUAGCUUUGCUAGCUGAAGGUGGGGAGGAUGAAGUCUUUGUGAAGGAUAAACUUGCAGAAGAAAAGAACCACGUGCUAAACACAGACAGUGAAAGGAUCAUGGAGGAGGAAGAAGCAGCCACGGGAGGAUGUGAAGAUGUCCUUGGACAAAGGCAUGUAGAAGUCUCCAUUGAUGUGUAUAGCUCACAGUUUGAAAACAUUCUAGACAAUGCUUCUUUAUAUUAUAGUGCGGAAUCCCUGGAGACUUUAUACUCGGAACCUGAUAGCUACUUUAGUUUUGAAAUGCCACUCACUCCGAUGAUCCAGCAACGUAUCAAGGAAGGCAGUCAGUUCUUAGAAAGAACUUCUGCUUCAGGACAGCAAGAUGUCUGUAAUCUUCCCACAAAUGGUGAGAUCAAGAGUCAAUGCGGAGAGAUCUCCAGUGGACUAAGGGACGUAAGUGACACCCUCUUCAGAAGAGACGUCACAGAGGUUACUCAUUUGGACAGCAAUGCUGGACUGAAAAACUUGCUGUUCGACUCCACCGCUGCCAUGGGUAGCAAUCAGCUCCUGGAGAAAGAUGGCACUGAAAACCGUAGUAAAGAUCUCAGCAACGGCACCGACAGCAAUUUGGAAGCCGCCAGGAGGCUGGCUAAGCGCCUCUACCAACUGGACCGAUUCAAGCGCUCUGAUGUGGCAAAGCACCUGGGUAAAAACAAUGAGUUCAGCAAACUUGUGGCUGAGGAAUACCUGAAGUUUUUUGAUUUCACGGGUAUGACGCUGGAUCACUCCCUCAGGAGUUUCUUUAAAGCCUUUUCACUUAUUGGAGAAACUCAGGAAAGAGAGAGAGUAUUAAUCCACUUCUCCAACAGAUACUAUCAGUGUAACCCGAACACUGUUUCUACUCAAGAUGGAGUCCAUUGUCUCACCUGUGCAGUGAUGCUGCUGAACACUGACCUACAUGGCCAUAACAUUGGGAAAAAGAUGACCUGUCAAGAAUUCAUUGCCAACCUUCAGGGGAUGAACGAAGGCAAAGAUUUCCCUAGGGGGCUGCUGAAGGCUCUCUACAAUUCAAUCAAGAAUGAGAAGCUUGACUGGGCAGUAGAUGAAGAGGAGAAAAAAAAAUCUCACUCUGAUGGUACUGAUGAGAAGGAUAAUGGACCCCAUUCAAAGACCAUUACUCGGAUCGGCCAUUCCAAUAACCCCUUCCUGGACAUUCCUCAUGACCCCAAUGCUGCUGUGUAUAAAACUGGAUUUCUGGCUCGGAAAAUCCAUGCAGAUAUGGAUGGAAAGAGGACUCCCAGAGGGAAGCGUGGCUGGAAAACCUUCUAUGCUGUGCUGAAGGGAACAGUGCUUUACUUGCAAAAGGAUGAAUAUAAACCAGAAAAGGCUUUGUCUGAGGAGGAUCUGAAAAAUGCAGUUAGCGUGCACCAUGCAUUGGCAUCAAAGGCAACAGACUAUGAGAAGAGGCCCAACGUCCUAAAGCUCAAAACAGCUGACUGGAGGGUCCUGCUUUUCCAAGCCCAGAGCCCAGAAGAAAUGCAGGCAUGGAUCAACAAAAUCAAUUGUGUGGCAGCUGUAUUUUCUGCUCCACCGUUUCCAGCUGCUAUUGGCUCUCAGAAGAAGUUCAGUCGUCCGCUUCUGCCGGCCACCACAACAAAGUUAUCUCAGGAUGAACAGCUGAAAUCACAUGAAGCUAAGCUGAAGCAAAUCUCUACCGAGCUAGCCGAGCAUCGUUCCUACCCACCAGACAAGAAACUUAAAGGCAAAGAAGUAGAUGACUACAAACUGAAAGACCACUAUCUGGAGUUUGAGAAAAUCCGCUAUGAGAUUUAUGUUGCCCUACUGAAAGAAGGGGGGAAGGAGCUGCUGAGUAGUGGAGAAAAUGAUGGGCCAGGACUGAAGAAAUCCCAUUCGAGUCCCUCAUUAAAUCAGGAGUCUCCAGUUACUGUCAAGGUGAAGCGAAACAUCUCCGAGAGGAAGGACUACAGACCAGAAACACCCAGCAUCAAGCAGAAGGUCACUUAGACUGCAUGAGACCGCUGUAGAAACAGCCAUGCAGCAAAAUACCAUUGGUCAAAAAUUUCCUUUGCUAACCUGUCUUUGACAAAAACAAACCAAUGCAUCUGCCUGAAUGGGGUGGUAGUGACAUUUUCUAUUGUAUAUUUUGUUGUUUCUGUACAGAUUGUGGGAGAUGUCUUGACUCCUGAUUUGCUUUGCCUUGUUAAUUUAUCAUCUAGCCAUUGAAGCACCUCUUUUUUUUUUUAAAGGGGUGGGAGUGGGACUCCCUGAUUUAUUGCACGUCUCCUCCCCUUCUCUCCUCUCUCAUUGGCACGUGACUUUCAUCUCAAGUCACCUGUGACCUUUCUCGUUGCAGUGGGAAAAGUAACUGGACAAGCACUGCAGCAUAGUGAGUGCUAGCUGCAGUGACGAGAAAUGAAUUGUUGCUCAGUUGCAAAGAUGGAGCUGACCGCUCCCUGCAAGUUAGUUAAAUUCUGAUGCUGCAACUGGAGAUCUCCCAAUGAUGUGAAACAUGCUGGUACUUGUGCUGCAGUGAUAGGAGCCGUAUAAACAGAUAGGGUACUGGAUUGUAUUAACUCUGGACCCACACAGACCAAGGGACUAAACAAUGAAAAUCACCGGGAAUGCUGGGCAUACAGAAUUAGAACAGGUUUUUCAAAGUGAAGACUCUUUGGGGGAGCAGAAGGGGGUGCCCAAAGCCAUGUCUCUCUUGAUGAUUGAUCCAGCCAAAAUGAAUUUUAUUUUUCCAUUUCACUAUGCAAUAGAUUGUUGUAGAUGACAACUGCUGGCUGCGUGUUUUAGUAGAAAAGGGAAUCCCAUGUGUUUCUCAACAAUACACUCUCACACCGCUGCCAUAUAGAGUCUUAAUAUGCAUUGUUCAUCUGCAGUUUCCCUCCAGAAUUUUGAUUUCCUUUUUAGUAGGCGCAGGUAUUCUGCAGUCUCUCUGAUAUCAAUGGAGGUGUUCUCCUGUUCUCUUCUGAAAGGAAUUCUGUUAAACUAUCCCUUGAAUUUUUCACAAGUAUUUAGAAAGAACAUGUUGGAACAGAAGUCCUGGUGACUCAGAGACUUAAUGGAAUAGAGACUCUUUGGUCUCAAAGCCAGAAUCUGACCCCAUUUCAGUUGCUCUGUCCAUGGCAGUCACACCGAUGUGCCAUAGGGACAGCAAAACCUGCCCCCUGUGGAGUCUUCCUGUAAUAGCAACUCCUGACCUCUAUAUAAGAACAUGGCCCGGGGGAAAAGGGACUUGACCAGGGUGUCUGUAUACCUCAGCCUUCCCCAGCUGCUGGAAUGGCCCUUUUGGGCUGCAGGCAGCCAGGUGUAACUUAAAGCAGCCCUGAGGUUGCCUUAACUUACGCCAAGGGCCAGGAUCCGGAGAGCGUGAAGGUGACUAAGAGACACCUUUGCUUCUUCCCAGUGCCCGCCCAUCUUGUGCUUACUGCAGUUCAGCUCGUCUGGGGGAUCUAAUCCUUAAUGUGCAAAGACAGCCCAGGUCAAUAUAAACUGCAGUAGGUGGCCUCAAAGAAAUGUCUAGACAGCUCAGGAGCAGAGCUCCUCGCGACAGAGGGUAUACCUGUGGGCAGGCUCAGGUGAGAGGCCAAUGACGCAUUGGUCAUGGACGUUAAAACCAUUCUGGACUACUAAACUACCAGACUAGUAGGCAGUAGAGGGAGCAAUCCAGUAAGAUAAGGACCUUGCAGAGAAGCUAAAUGAUUUCUCUAUACCAGCCUCCACCACAAAGAACAACCAUGAGAUGCACACCCCAGAGCUCUAGACUGUAAUACCCAUGCUGUGCUGUCAGAGAUCGUAGCAUUGAAAGAGGAGGUGGUGCACCAAAUUGAUCAUUUAGGAUGCAGUCACUCACGAGGACCAGAUGGUAUUGAAUCCAAGAGUUCCAAUGUGACUUAUGAAUGGAGUGGCUGAGCUGCUCACAAAAAUUUGUAAUCUGUCAUCGUACUAGAAGUCUAGAGGAUAGCCAGUGCCUGACCCCAUUUUAAAAAUGACCCGGAGUGACUGCGAUUCACGGAGCUGUGAGGAGGGCUGGUCAACAUUUUCCAACGUUUGGAUUUGUUUUUUAAAAAUUACGUUUUGCUUAAAGUUUACCUUGAAGAGAAACUUUCCUGAAUUAGGGUCAAAGUUAUGUGCUUGAGCAGCAUGCUGGGAAGUGUCAUUCACUGUAGACAAGGGCCGGGGUAAUACACAUUGGAAGAAAUAAUUUGAACUACUCAUUGAGGGGUAGUAGAUUAGCCACUCAGGAGAAAGGCCUAGGCAUCCUGCAGCUGUUCAUUGUACAGCAAUAGUAAAAAAAAAAAAUAAAGGCAGUAAACAAGAGGUUGAGUUGUACUGAGACAGAGAGAGAGAGAGCGCGAAUACCGGGAUUGCUAAAUGCCAUUACAUAGGGAGUCCUGCAACCAUUUCACAUCAGUUCCUCACAGUAACAGUACAGCAGAAACAGAAAUGGUCCAGAGAAGUCACAAUUUGAUCCCUGCUCCACUCCCAGCACAGUGCACCUCUACUCUGGCCUUACUCAAGGUAUCCAUGUACUUGUGUUUACAAAUAGAGUGCAGUGGUUUAAAAGGCAAAGAGGUGACAAUUGCAAAUGUUUGCGUUGGCUUUUAAGAUGUUCUGGCUGCCCCUGGAUUGUGUUUGAAUUGUUGCUCUCCCAGUCACAAGCUGAAGUUCUCCCAUAUAAUAUCUUUCUCAAUCUACGCAGAUACUGGAUAAUUCAUGCUCACCACUAGGGAACUCCUUGCAGAUGAGUGAAUUUCAUGCAGUUUGAAAAGUCUGACACAGUGAAUCACAAAAUUCAUUUUAUUUAUUUUGUCAAAUGCAGUUUAGUUUUAAUUAUUUAUUACGCUACUACAGAGUGUACUUGUACUUGGAUUGUGGUAUAUUUUGUAAAACGUAUCCGGUCUUAGUAAAAUGCAAUUUCACUGCA